AGCGCCGCGCGGCGAUUCGGCGAAGGAGUAAAAGACGACGGAGCCGGAGAGAAGAGGCGAGGAGCGGAGAGACGACGCGGACGGCCACCCGAGAGUCCGAACCGGAGGGGGUUUAGCGCCGAGAGUCCGAGACAGCCGGGCAGGACGAGCCGCCGAGCGCAGGCGACCCGCGGAAGAGGAGCUCGCGCGGCCGCGGUGACGUCACGGCCGUUAAAGAGUUCUCAGAAUAGACUUCUAGGAAACGGAGCGUUUUAAAAGCCAAGCCUUUACUCUCUGCCUUUCACACAUUUGGAUCCCGUUCCUGCGACAACACACUCCGAAGCGCCUCUCAAGAAAACUUCACUUUUAUUCUUUUUUCUACAUAUUUCUACCCACCUACCUACCUACCUAUAGGUGACCUUUUGUUUUAUUGUGGGAGGAGGAGCAGAUCCUGCUCGGGCUUUGUUUCGCUGUCAGUCCACCUAGUUAGAGCAAAUAUGCUCCAAGUCGCUUCAGUUUUCUAGCAAACGCAGAGAAUUCUUGUUGUUUUUCUACUAAAAUCUCAUCGGAUCCAAGCAGGAGGAUUUAAUAGUAUGAUUCUUUGUGUUCCCGGUCCCAGCGCCCUCUUGCCUGCUGCUCCAUCAUCUGAAGCCCGGUGGGGCAUGCGAACAGGAACUGUACCUCCUACCCCUUGCCUUCAGAGCACCCCUCCAAAAUGGGACCCCACCAAAGAUCUGCGUGCAAUCGCCAGCAACUUCUGCUACCUGGAAAAUUCAGGAUGGUACUGGGGAGCGGUAACGGCGGCUCAGGCACACGCAGCGCUUCAGGACGCGUCAGAGGGAGCCUUUUUGGUACGGGACAGCAGCCACCCUCUGUACAUGCUGACGCUGUCGGUCAGGACUGCACGUGGACCCACCAGCAUACGGAUCCAGUACAGCGGAGCAAAGUUCCAGCUGGAUUCCAGCACCCAGGCUCGGCCCUGCCUCUCAUCCUUCCCCAGCGUGCCCAGCUUGGUGCAGCACUACAUGAGGGCGGAGAGGACAGCUGAGGAGGGGCAGGUGGAGGACGAGGCUCCCUCCAAGCCCUGUCACAACAGCACCUUCGAGGAGACGUCUCUGGUACUGAAACUGAGGUCGGCCGUGUACAAGCCUCAAGGCCUCCCCUCCUUACAGCACCUCACGCGGCUCGUCAUCAACAGACACACCGACUGCCCUGACCAGUUACCACUCCCAAGGCCUCUACUGCGCUACUUACAGGAGUAUCCCUUCAAGGUAUGAGAGGGGGGCAGGGGGGGUCUGUGAAAUCGAUCCCUGUGGCUGAAGCUUAUUUCAACUUUCAAAAGACACUGUGGAGCAGGCCUUUCAUGCCUGUGGAGGCCAGUCACAAAAGCAAGUGCAAAUUCAACUCAGACUGACGCGUCUGGUUUUCAGACCUAAAACUGGCAGACGGACGGAGAGGAAUCUCACAGAAGACGACUUGCUUGCAAGAGAAACACAGUACUGUAAUCAACACUUACUCUGAGAUAGAUGUUGAAGUUUUUUUUUCUAAUCUUGCUAGUUCUGGAUGUAAAUACUGUUCCUGCGGAGGGGAAAUAACUAAUUCCACUGAUGACUUCUUUUAUGCCAUUUUAUUAUUUUUUUUUUCAGCAAAAAUUUUUUGUAACUUUUACAUGUGUACACUUUUUUUUAUUAAAAAAUAAACAACUGGAA